AUGCGAUGCAAGCUAUUAAUGAGGCAACUGACCUCACUGAAAGAGGAUACUGAGGGGGAUGCUUUGAGUUGGGAUGACCCCAUUCCUCAUGAAAUGUACAAUCAGUCGGUUUACUUAUUUAGAGACAUGUAUGAUCUGGAGAGAAUUAGAUUCAAAAGAUGCGUUAGACCAGAUUCUGCAGUCGGAAAUCCCACUCUUGUUAUGUAUGCUGAUGCCAGCAAUCUUGCCUAUUCCACAUGUGCCUAUGUUCGCUUCAAGUUACAAAAUGGAUCAUAUUUAUCUCAGCUGCUAACAGCCAAAAGUAGGAUAGCUCCAAUUCGACAAAUAACUAUCCCAAGACUUGAACUUUGUGCAGCAGUGUUAUCUACAAGGUUGCGAAAAGUAAUUGAAAGGGAAACCCAAUUUGUAUUCGAGAGGGUGUUACAUUCAGUUGACUCAAUGAUUGUUCGAUCACAAAUACAGAAGGAAUCACAUGGGUUUGGGACAUUUGUUGCAACAAGAGUUGCAGAAAUUCAAACCCUCACAAACACAGAUGAAUGGUGGUGGGUAGCCUCUGAUGGCAAUGUUGCUGACUUUGCCACACGUCUUCAACACCCUUCAAGCCUUGGAGUUGAUUCUUUGUGGCAAAUGGGUCGAAAAUAUCUGACUCUUCCCAUAAGUCAGUGGCCAAUCAGUCAACCUUGUAUGCAAGAGUUACCUGAUAGAACCUGCAUCUCAUUCACUUGCAAUCUUGGAAUCAACUGUGUUCAGUCAAGACCCAUAAUAGAUAUUGAAAGGUUCAGCUCAUAUGAGAAAUUGAUUAAAACUACUGCUACUUUACAUACAGAAUUACAUAGCAUUGACCAUGGAGGUGUAGAUUUAACACUAGCCAAACUUCAGAGUAAAUUCUGGGUACCGGGAGCACGCAGAGUAAAAUCAGUCAAGGAGAAAUGUGUAACUUGUAGAAAAGUAGACAAACUAAGAAUGGAACAGAAAAUGGGACAGCUUCCAGACAAGAGGCUAAAACCUUCCCCAGCAUUUUAUAACACAUCUGUAGAUUUAUUUGGCCCAUUUCUUAUAAGAGAUACUGUAAAACGAAGAUCUAGAGCAAAAGUAUACGAGAGUAAUAUUUACAUGUUUUACUAG